GAAAACUACAAGAAAGGCGCGCUUGGAAGUUGAUGAUACUGCAAGCCAACCCCCAACGAUUAUGGUGUCAUCAAUUGAUUCGUCGUCUUCAGGCGAGAACCUGGACAAUCCGGACAACGAUGGUGAUAAGCGUCCACGCAGCGAGCCGGAUUUGAGAAAAUAUGAUUUGGCGAAAUCGAAGAACGUGAGUAGUCGCGAUUCUGCACGAAAUGUCGUUCCUAAGCAAAGAGAGCGUCAACUUGAUCAAACCGUGAAAGGCCAGAAGUUGGUCAAAGCACGAGGGCAGUACUCCAAAUACCCCCAGGACUGGGGUAAACAUCUGCAAAAUGUAGAGACCCCGCUUCAAGAAAUGCGUCGUUUAAUGGGCACCCUCGAACUGAAUCAGCCAGUGCCAUCAUCAAGUACGAGUCAGGAUACUGCACAGGCCAGCAGUAAGACAAAACAGACUCAGGGCACCCUCGAAAUGAAUCAGCCGGUGCCAGCAUCAAGUACGAGUCAGGAUACUGCACAGGCCAGCAGUAAGAUAAAACAGACUCAGGAACAAAGUGCAGACUCAAAUUGA